AUGCGCGCCAGCGAGCGAAAAAACAAGAGCCCUAGCGAAUAUGCCAAUCCAUACUUCAAACGGGGCCACCCUGAUCUCUUGUGGCUGAUUCAAAAACCUAAGAAUGUGGCUGGCCAGACCAGUAAAGGGAGCAGUAAAGGAACUAAGGCUCGGACAGAGGAUGGUGAUGAGCCUGACGGCGAAGAAUACCCCGAUGAGGGCAACCGCGAGGACCGUUCGCGUAAUCGAGGUCAACUGGCGAUAAGUACUCGACAAGAAGCCCCCCCUACGGAUCAGCUGUCUGGUGUUUAUCGAGAACUUCAAACGAUACGGCAGCAACAGCAGAUUAUCUCUACUACUAUCUCCAAACUACGUCGGGAACACGAGCAGCUAUAUGCCCAAGCCGCCAACUUCCAAGAGCAACACAAUCGACACGAAAACUCGAUCAAUGCAAUCCUAACCUUCCUUGCUACGGUCUACAAUCGCAGUCUGCAGGGACACGACAGUCAACAAAAUAUCGCGAAUACGUUUGCACCAGAUCAGGGCAAUGUUGUGGAUGUUGAUGACGAUUAUAUAUUGAGUUCCCUCGGGGGUGACCCGUCCUUGGCAACCUCCAAGUUUAAAAAGCAGCCAUUGCUUUUGAAAGCACCUCCCCAGGCCGGAGCAGCUACGAGUGAUCGUGCAACCACCCUGUCUCCAGCUGCAAGUAGCCUUGAUGGCCCUCAAGGGCGAGCAGGUCCUAGACAACAGCCAAUGCCAACGGGUAUUAUUGAGGAGGUUCAGGAAGGCAACAGUCCUCAACCACCACCGGCCGCAGGCUCCUCGUUUGAUCAGCGGAAACCACAGCGGGACAUCAUGUCUAUGAUUCAGAACAGUAACGCCGCCAACGGAAUCCAAACUAAUUUCUCGGACUUCCCCAACAUUGUUUCCUCUCUCGAGACCUCCGGGGGAAACUCCGCUCUUACACCCAAGCAACGAGCAGACACGUUACGGCAGAUGGCACAUGACUCAAAUGUCAAUGAUCCCACCGCUACAUCCCCGAAUAAUGCUCUUAUAAGCCCGAGUCCGCCACCGAUGCUACAAAAUUACUCUGCUCAAUUAAACAACACACGCAAUGAGAUCGACAAUUUAAUGAAGAUGCAAGCAGAGCAAGACCGGUCAGUGCAAAAUCUGACGAAUUUGUUACAACCGCUCAGCCCUACCGGGCAAAUUCCGGGUCUUGUGGAUGGACAUGUGCCACCGCCUUCUCUUGAUCUUGACCAGAUAUUCAACAGUCAAGACUAUUUCACCGACCUCCCUGACUUGAACGACGAUAACAAAGACAAUAUUCCGUUUGGCGACAUGUCAACAGCUCCAACACAGACUGCUGGCACGGAGGGAGAUGUGAAAGAUCUCUUUGACUUUGAGAACCUCGGCAACGAGGGUGGCGGCGACUCGGAUCUGUUUGGUAACAGUGGUCGUGGAGCACCUUCUGGUUACUUUGACAAUUACGAAGACUAUACGAAGAACAACAGCACUUUCAAUAAUGGAAACAUUAUUGAUACCGACGCCGGCAGCGCACCCGGCCGAAUCGUCGAGACCCUUACAGAUAGCGAAGCAACCAGUCCUUCCAACACAGCCGAUGACAACGCAGCAGGCCUAACUGCCCCGUCGAUCCCGGCAGCAGCAUCUACCCCCACCGGCUCAUCAACCACGCACAGCCCAAAGAGGAGACGAAAGGCUUGA